UUUAAGCAUCAACAACAAUUAAAUUAUUAAUUAAUUCGAAAAUGGAGUGUCAGGCAACUGGAGAUCCAAAAACGGGAGCUGCUUCUGCUAAAUGCGGUGUAAUGGCCGGAGAUGAAAAUGUCAACGCACGUGCCGGAGUUUUUGCCACGACCAACAGCAGCGCCGGACCUGUUACAACGGGCCUUUAUGGAGCAGUGAAUGCCAAUGGCCACGGUCUAUCGCUGCAGCACAGCCACACGGCGGGUCUCGGCAGCAGCACAACGGCAGCGGCACAAGCGAACAUUUUCCAGAAUAAGCAGGCCGCACUGAAUGCCACUGCCUACCACACCCACAAUCGCACUCACGAUCAAUUUGGCGGCGGAAUGAACUUGAGUACCGCUUCAGGGCAUUCAGCAGCGUUGGGUGUUAACCAUGUGCCGCAGUUCAAUAUGACGACGAUGAAUGCCAGUGGCACAGCCAAUCUCUACACUUCGCCCAAUGGUAAUCUCAAUUUGGGUGCUAAUGCAAAUGCAACACGCCACAUGAGUGGACCCUUCAGGGGUAAAUCCGAUUUUGGUGGCGGUUUAAAUAUGCAAUAUAAAUUUUAGAAGCUCGAUAGUCGGGUUUUUUAAUU